CCCAAUAUUUCCUAGGCCCAAAUUAGAAGCCCUAGUUAGCUAACUCGAAGCUCUCUUUCAUGGAGGGUUUAACACUUAGCCGCACCUCUGACUAAAAUCUUUCACUUCUCUCUCUCUGUCUUUCUCAUUCUGCCGCCCACCGAGGAUCGCUUCUAACUCUAGAGAUGAGUUUAAUAUCUCAAAAUGUUGUCCGUAAGGCUAAGAGGGAGAAGAAUGACCCACCUUUGUAUCCUGAAGAGGGAGAAGACGAUAAAAAUGGUAAAGAAUCUAACAAGGAUACUAUGAAGAUCAAAAAGAGAAAAAAAACACUGAAGGAGGAGGAUGAUGAGAAAGUGGUAGUUGAGCAGGAAAGGGAGAUGAAGAAGCUUGAGAAUGUUUUGUUUGGAUCACUUCAUUCGUCAGCUGAAUUUGGGAAGGACGAUGAGUUUGACAAAGGGUCUGCUUUGUACUUUGUGGACCGCUCUGCGAAUAAUGCCCUCACUGUUUGUGACGAUGGUGAUGAUGUAUUGGCAGAAACUUCUGAUGAGGAGGAAGAUUUGAAGGUAAGGAAACCUGUUUGGGUUGAUGAGGAAGAGCAGAGGGCCAAGAUUAAUAUUGCUAAAGUUAACAGAUUAAGGAAGCUGAGAAAGGAAGAGGAUGAGAGUGUAAUUUCUGGUUCAGAAUAUGUCUCGAGAUUGAGGGCUCAACAUGCUAAGCUUAACCCGGGCACAGAAUGGGCUCAACUUGAUAGGAAAGCAAGGGGUGAUGGGUACUCCUCCGACGAUGAGUCGUUGGAUGAAGAACAUCAGGCAGUACUAGCCCGUGGUUACAAGGAUGUUGAAGGUGUUGAUGAUAUCCUCAGAAGAAAUGAGGAUGUUGUUGUGAGAAGCAGUGCGAAAUUGUUGCCUGGACUUCUUGAAUUUUCAAGACUUGUAGACGCAAAUGCACAGGAGCCAUCUAAGGGUCCUAUACAUUCUGUGCAGUUUCACAGAAAUGCUCAGCUGUUACUUACUGCUGGAUUAGAUCGAAGGCUUAGAUUUUUUCAAAUUGAUGGCAAAAGAAAUACUAAAAUUCAAAGCAUCUUUCUUGAAGAUUGCCCAAUUCGGAAAGCUUCUUUCACGCCUGAUGGUUCUCAGGUGAUAAUAGCAGGCAGAAGAAAGUUCUUCUAUACCAUGGAUUUAGUGAAAGCAAAAGUUGAUAAGAUAGGCCCACUGGUUGGUAGAGAAGAAAAAAGCUUGGAGUUCUUCGAGGUUUCUCCCGAUUCUAGCACAAUUGCAUUUGUUGGCAAUGAAGGUUAUAUCUUGUUGGUUUCAUCUAAAUCAAAAGAGUUGAUUGGUACACUAAAGAUGAAUGGAACGGUUCGUUCUUUAGCUUUUGCGGAUGAUGGGAGGCAGUUACUGAGUUCUGGAGGGGAUGGACAGGUUUAUCACUGGGAUCUAAGAACAAGAACUUGCUUACACAAGGCCAUUGAUGAAGGUUGCCUAAAUGGUACAUCUCUAUGUACAUCUCCAAAUGGAUCAAUGUUUGCAGCUGGUUCAGACAGCGGUAUAGUGAAUAUUUACAACAGAGAUGAGUACUUGGGGGGGAAAAGAAAGCCUAUGAAAACCAUUGAGAAUCUAACCACCAAAGUAGAUUUUAUGAAGUUCAACAAUGAUGCUCAAAUAUUGGCUAUUUCUUCAAGCAUGAAGAAGAACAGCUUAAAGUUGGUGCAUGUUCCUUCAUUUACUGUAUUUUCAAACUGGCCUCCGCUGAAUAGGAACCUACAGUAUCCCCUGUGCUUGGAUUUCAGUCCUGGAGGAGGGUUCAUGGCCAUGGGAAAUGCUGCUGGGAAAGUGUUGUUAUACAAAUUGCAUCAUUAUAAUCACGCCUAGAUCAUCGGAGACUUGUGAUUUCAGCUGGGAAAGCCAAGCCAUUUUGGAUUGGAGAAGCAAUAUGAUCUUAUAUCACCUUCCAUUGGCAACAACUUUGAAACCAAAAUUUGGCUUUUCUUGAUUGAUGACUCCAGAGUGUCAUAAAAGCCUGCAUUAUUUAAUUACUGUUAUGCAUUGGAGUGGAGCACCAAAUUCGGUUGCUACAGAAAUUUUGUUCUGUUGAAUUUAUCAUGUAAAACUGAGGUUUCAUAUUUGGGAAUCUAAUUGUAGUAUCAGUUUUUGUUACAGAAA